AUGUCGUUCCAGGCACCUUACCCUCCCUCCUCUCUCAGCCCCUCGCCACAAAACCCCGGCCGUCUCUCCCCUGCCGGUUACAAUUCCAGGAGUGGUCUAGCUGGCCUCGGCCUUUCCUCGACUACGGCAGGACUCCCCAACAAACUGGGAACUUUCUUUGAGCAAGAUCGCCCUCUCCCCAUGUACAAAGAUAAGCCGCAUUUCGCCCCGCGGCGAACGGCUCCGAGGAAGAAGUGGAGACCGUUGUUAGCUCUGCUGGGGCUGUCUAUAAUCGCCUACUUCUUUUAUAAUCAGCCCAAUAUUCCGAGAUGGCAGAGGUCGGGUGGAUAUGAUAAAGGCGCCGCGCUGUGGAAUUGGAUGCAGACGCUUGACGAUUCAUCUGCGUCCGAGAAACAUGUUGACUGGAAUGCGCGCCGGGAAAAGGUACGCGAGGCGUUCCAGGUUAGUUGGGAAGGCUAUGAGAAAGAAGCAUGGGGCUUCGACCAAUACAACCCCGUGUCGGGCAGGAACAAAAACAUGAUCGAGGGUGGUAUGGGCUGGAUUAUUGUCGAUUCCUUGGACACUAUGAUCAUCAUGAAUCUCACUUCUGAAGUUCGACAUGCGCGGCAAUGGAUCUCUACUUCGCUGCAGUAUAAUCAAGACCACGAUGUCAGUACCUUUGAGACAACUAUUCGCAUGCUUGGAGGACUAUUGUCAGCACAUUACCUCUCAACGCAAUACCCAAAUCUUGCGCCAAUCAAGGAAGAUGAUGUCGGUGCUUCUGGGGAGGAUUUGUACAUUGAGAAAGCAACGGAUCUAGCAGACCGACUCAUGGGAGCAUUCGAGACACACUCGGGAAUCCCGUAUGCGAGUGUGAACCUGAAUACAUCCCAGGGUAUCAAAUCGCAUAGUGAUGGCGGUGCAUCUUCCACUGCGGAGGCAACAUCUGUACAGCUUGAGUUCAAGUAUAUGGCCAAACUCACUGGCGAAGCCGAGUAUUGGAAGGCUGCAGAGCGAGUAAUGGAGGUUGUUGACCAACAAGAGGCUCAGGAUGGCCUUGUUCCCAUCUAUAUCCAUCCCGACAAUGGUGAAUUUAAGGGGAACAACAUUCGCCUCGGCAGUCGCGGUGACUCUUAUUAUGAAUACCUCAUCAAACAAUAUCUCCAAACCUCGCAGGAGGAGCCCGUGUACAAAGAAAUGUGGGAUGAAUCUUUGCGAGGCAUUCGCAAGCAUCUGAUCGCCUUCUCUAAAGAUGCAAACUUGAUGGUACUUGGUGAACGGCCAGCAGGUCUGAAGAAGAGUCUCUCCCCUAAGAUGGACCACCUUGUCUGUUUUAUGCCGGGAACCAUUGCUCUUGGCGCUACUAGUGGUUUACCCCUGUCCGUGGCAAGAAAAUCCGCUAGCUGGAACCAACAGCGAGAGGAAGAAAUCUUCAUUUCGCGCGAGCUAAUGAAGUCCUGCUGGGCAACUUAUUUGAACACAAAGACCGGGCUAGCCCCGGAAAUUACCCACUUCGUCCUAGGCGAUGAGCCAGUCAUGAUGGAAGACAAAUACCCAGAACCAUCCAAGUCGGGAUCGACAUUCGAGAUGACCAGUAUCUCUCAACCGCUGGGUUCUUUGCCGGAUGGCUCAGAGCCCUGGCGCAAGGAUGUCACUGUCAAGAGCAAUGACCGUCAUAACCUCCAACGACCCGAAACAAUCGAAUCCCUAUUCUACAUGUAUCGUAUCACCGGAGACGACAUGUACCGUGAAUGGGGCUGGGAAAUGUUCAAAUCUUUCAUCAAAUACACCUCCGUACUGGAAGAGAAACCCCCAGCAAUCGCCGUUCCCGGAAGCGCUGGCACUACAUGGCGCAUUAAGGGAUUUACCUCUCUUUCCAAUGCGGAUAUUAUCCCCCCGACUACUCGUGAUAAUAUGGAGAGUUUCUGGAUGGCCGAGACCCUCAAGUAUUUCUAUCUUUUGUUCUCAGAUCGCGAUUUCAUCUCUCUUGAGGAGCACGUCUUUAACACUGAGGCGCAUCCGUUCCCACGUUUCAAGCCCAGUGGUGAUCUAAAGACCGGGUGGCAGAGAAAGACUUCUCGCAAGGCUGAGAACUAG